AUGCGAUUUCUCUCUUUGUCGGGCUUCAAUGCCCUGAAGUCAGCCCUGCUGCUUGCACCGCUGGUCGCUGGCCUUGCAGUUGUCCCGCAUGGCCAACCACGCCGGUACGACCUGGCCCUGACGUGGGAAAAGAGAGCACCAGAUGGCUAUGAGCGGGACAUGUUUCUGGUCAACGGGCAGUUCCCAGGCCCGUUGCUCGAGUUUCACGAGGGUGAGAAGGUCGAGAUCUUUGUGGAGAACAAGUCGCCAUACAACACAUCGAUCCACUACCAUGGGAUUGAGAUGCUUGGCACUCCAUGGUCUGAUGGUGUCCCCGGGCUCACCCAGAUCCCCAUCCAGCCGGGCUGCGCCUUCACAUACCGCUGGACCGCAAGUCAGCACGGCACGUACUUCUACCACUCGCACUCCGAGAGUCAGGUCAACGACGGCCUCUACGGUCCCGUUGUGAUCCACCCCGCCCCAGGCACCGAGAAGCCGUAUGGCCUCAUUACUGAGGAUGCCCGCGAGCUCAAGGCCAUCGAGAAGGCCGAGGCGGAGCGCAUUCCGCUGCUCAUUGGCGACUGGCGGCACAUGACGUCCGAAGCCGAGCUCGAGGUCUCCAGGAAUUCUCACAUUGAGCACCUUUGCUUCGACUCAAUCAUUGUCAAUGGCAAGGGCAAUGUCAACUGUCUCACCCCGGAGCAGCAGCAGCCCCUGAUCACCCCCGGUCAGCUUGGUCUGCUGGGGAAUCUGUCCCUGACGAGCAAGUCAUGCGUCCCAGCCGAGGGUCUCGCCGCCCUCAGCGACAUGAUCGCCCCGGUCAAGGCCAACAUCAGCGCGAUCCCGCCCGACCUGUUUGGGGAAUGUGCGACAACCACGACGGCCGGCGAAGUCAUUGCUGUGACCAAGAAGAAAUGCGAUACCCUUUCACCAGGCAAAUGGGUCGUCUUCGACGUCAUCGGCGCACUUUCCCUGCACACAGUGAUGAUCUCGCUUGAUGAGAUCCGCACUUAUGUCGUGGCCAUCGAUGGCAACUACAUCAGCCCGAUUCCCGCAGAUGCGCUCCUGCUCGUCAACGGCCAGCGAUACACCAUCCUCGCGCACUUUGUCACUCCCAAGAAGUACACGCUCCGCGUCUCUGCCGUGUCUGACCCGCAGAUCCUCUUCGGCCACGCGACCAUCGACUACCAAGCCCACGGCCAACCCCAGGACUCGUCCCCGUCAGUCCCGUCCAUCAACGAGCGCGGCAUGAACCUGACUUCCGACGUCGUCAUCUUUGACGGGAUGCACGCCGCCCUCCCCUUUCCCGCGGACGCCCACAAGCCCAGCGCCGACGUCGACGCCACCUACAAGGUAACCAUGGGCUUCGGCCGGUCCAUCGCCGAGUUCGUCUUCAACGGCACGGCACGGCCGUCCACCGACAACGGCAACGGCAACGCGCUGCCGCUGCUCCUGAGCCCCCAGCCGGGCCUGCAGGACAACCACACCAUCACGGUGCCCUCCGAGUCCUCCUGGGUCGACUACGUCAUCCAGGUGACCCCCGGGAACCCCCCGCACCCGAUCCACGUGCACGGCCGGCACUUCUACGUGCUGGGCUCUGGGGUCGGCGCGUUCCCUUGGUCCACCGUCGCCGAGGCGCAGGCGGAGCUGCCCGCGGGCGCGAUCAACCUGAACAACCCUCAGCUGCGGGACACAUUUGUGACGCCCGCGUCGUCGAUGACGGAGCUGUCCUGGCUCGUGCUCCGGCGCGCGUCGGAUAACGAGGGCGUGUGGAUGAUUCACUGCCACAUCCAGAGCCACUUGCAGGGCGGCAUGAGCAUGGUCAUCCAGGACGGGACGGACGGCGGGAUCGAUGUGCCCGAGGAGUACCGGGCAUACCAGUGCAAGGCACAGUAGGACUGUCGUAUGUGAGGCUGGAGACAGAGAGCGAUGUGAAGACUGUGUUCAGCUGCGGUGUUUUCAGGCGGUGGAAUGGAUUAAUGAGCGGCCGCUUUCCUGAAGAUGAUCGGCCGUGCUAAUAAAGGAAGCACUUAGAGAACAAAGC